GCAUCAUCAAACUUUGGCCCCAAAACUUCAAUAUCGCAAUAUCGCCCAAUCGCCAACCAUUUCCCACAGAACAGGCUCGAGUUCGGCCGCUCGCCAAAACACACCCGCCAGCCCAACAUGUCCAUGUUCCGGGCCAAGAAGCUCGACCUGGGCUGCUUCGUCAAGGCCCGCACCAUUCGCGACCACACCAAGCGCAAGGUCUUUGAGGAACACGAAGCCGAGAGACAAGCUCUUCGAUACGUGAUCCGCAACACGACUUUGCCGCCCCGAACUCGUGCCACGGCUCAGCUGCAGCUGUCGCAGAUGCACUGCUACACCCGGCCCACGCAGAUUCGCAACCGCUGUAUAAUGGGAGGCCAGGGGCGUGGUGUGCUGAGGGCGUUUAAGAUGACAAGAUUCAAUUUCCGUAUGGAGGCCAUGGCGGGAAAUCUCCCUGGGGUGAAGAGGGCAAGCUGGUAGACGGGGUGGGAAUCUUUACGACGCAAAAAUCAUGAUUAUAUGUGACUUCGACUGUAUAAAUCUGUGUACGAUAUCACGGGGUCUCUCUGGGAGACGCAACUUUUGGGCGAUAGAGCUGAGGGGAUAUAAAAUAAGGGCAAAGAAAUCUUUCAUCAACCAACGCCAAGGAACCAUCUCAUUUCGGCCGUGAUUCUGCUGUGUUCUUUUUGAAGCUUUGAAGGCAAGAUAUAUGCAUUGACUCUACUAAGGAGGAGGCGCAAGCGCUAUUAAUCGCAUCUACAAGUUAUAUAUUGCACGGCCGUUAUUUAACUUUGGCAUCUUGCUUGAACAGCUUAUGCAUUGCUGCUUAAUGGCUAUUUGACUAUCAAUUGCUGUCAAAUUAACUCACCGGAGAAUAUAC